AUGGAACGAGUAAGUGAUCGGACAUUCACGAAAGCAGUUGUCUACGGCAAUACCGCUCGAUUUCUGCCCAAGAAACGCGAAGAAGAUGGCCAUACGCACGAGUGGACCGUGUUCCUGAAACCCUACUACAACGAAGAUCCGUCAAAAUAUAUUCGCAAAGUACAAUUCAAAUUGCAUGAUUCAUAUGCAUCUCCAAUUCGAAGUAAAUCCUUUUACUAA